UCCUCCAUCAUUUCCUCCUCCUCCUUCAAACUAACAAAUGGCCUCACGACGCUGGACAAAAAUCGUAACCGUUUUAAUGUCAAUAGUUAACUGAUUGUUUAGAUUUGAUUUUCUAUCCUAAAAUUUUACAAUUUCAAAGUGAAUUAUAAUUUAAUGUUCCCUUGUUAAAUUGGCAAGUUAAUCAACCCUCAAUUUGGUAGAGAGAGUAAUCAACAAUUUGAAUUGUUUCCAAAAGUAGGAGGACACAAUUAAACAACAUCAUCAUUAACCUUUAACUUAAUUAACUACUUAAUCAGUUUGUUUUCUUAGUUUCAUCAAAUAUUAUUGUGUGUUGAUUGUUGAACUUUAAAUUAAUUGUAGGUUUAUUUUUUUUCAAUCGUGGGAUGUUUUCAAUCAUCAUAAUCAACUGAUUAUUUAUUAUCAUUAUUGAUCAAUUAUUAUGAAAAGUUUGAAAUUGAGAGUUGAUUGAUUGAUAGAAUCAACUAAUUGUGAUCGUCAUGUUAGUUAAAACAAUGUUUCAUUAUUUUGGAUUCCUAAGUAAUUGGACAAUUAACUUAAUUACUUUGGUGGGUUAUUUUGUGUUCUUUAUCAUCUGUGCUAAUCAAGUUAAUUGUGGUGAAACGAUUAAUUCUAAUAACAAUGUUGCCAGUCCAGUUAAUCCAAUUAUCCGACGAAAUGUAAUCGAUGAAAUUUUCAAAUCGGUCAAAAAUCUUCGAGAUGAUUGUAAUCAAUGGACAAAUCGACCGAUGGCCGAGGAAACGUUUAUGGACAGUUUAGCUGCUCGAUUGAGUUUAACUGAAGCUAAAUUGGAAAAUUUAAUUUCCAACAGUAAAUUGGUUGAUAAUCAACGACAAUUGGAAAUUAAAUUUGGUUUAAUUGAGAGAUUAAUUGAGAAUAACUUUGAACGUUUGGCGAAAAAAUUUGAAGAAAUCGCUGAUACAAUUAGAGGAUUACAAACAAUGGUGAUAAUCAAUCACAAUUCAACUGAGGAGAAAAUUAAGAAAAUUUUAUCUUCGCUACUUAAUUACAACAACAAUCAAACAACACCUUCAAUAUCUGUUGAUACAAUUAAUGAAUUACAAGGUUUCUGGGAGCAAAAGUUAAUCAACACCGAGAAAUUAAUCAAUCGUCAUGUUAAUUUGGCUAAGGAUGAAAUAAAAGAGUUAAUUGUUGGUGGUAAUGAUGGUAAAUUAAAGAGUUGGACUAAUGAACUAACUGAUUCAGGAAUUGUUGUUGAUCAAAUUGAUCUAAUUGGGACAAUUAACUCAAUUAAAAAUGAAAUAAACCAUAAAGUUGAUAAGGUUGAUAAUCAAAUUAAAUUUGCUGUUCAAGAGAUGAACUUUAAACUGGACAAUCAAAUAGAUGAAUUAAGAAAUCUAACCAACAAUCAAUUCUGUGAAAAUGGGAGAUUUAAAGAAUCAAGAUCAAUCCAAUCAUCACCCUUACCCUCAUCAUCAUCAACAACAACAACAAUUAACAAUGAUCAGUUGAUUGUAACAACAGAACCGAUUGAAACAAAGGCCGAUCAACUUUCCGCUAAUCAAAAAAACGAUCAAGAUAUGAACCAAUUAGAGUUAAUUGAUUAUUCCGAUAAAAUGAAUCGUCGAUGCUUAAUUACUCCGAACAAAACAUCAAUGGUUAAUUGUGAAUCGAUUCCUCUUAAAUCAACCUGGAAAACCUGUGGCGAUAUUUACAAUGAUAAUAUCACUUGUGAUGGCGUUUAUUUAAUUAUGAUGGAGCCGAGGCCAUCAAGGGUUUGGUGUGAUAUGAAUGAUAAUGGCGGUGGAUGGAUGGUUAUCCUUCGUCGUGGAAACUUUGAUUCCAGGUCAAACAAUUUAAUCAGUUUUAAUCAGAAUUGGUUCCUAUAUAAGUAUGGAUUCGGUGAUCAAAAGGACGAGUAUUGGUUGGGUAAUGAACAUAUUCAUCGGAUAACAAAUCGAUUUGACCAUUCACUUCAGAUUGACCUUGAAUCUUGGGAUGGUCAAUGUAUCUCAUUGGAUUUCGGUCAUUUUCAAAUUGGAUCAGAAGAUGAGAGUUAUAAGUUAAUUGUUGCCGAUGCCAGGGGACCUCAUGCGAUUAUUGGUGAACAAUUGAUUAUGUAUAAUAACAGCGCUUUUAAUACUCGUGAUAGAAUCGCUGAUCGGCAAACAUUGAGAUGUGGUCACUUUUAUGGCGGCUGGUGGUUCAAUGGAUUCGCUUGUUAUCAAAUUUUCUUGACCGGCGAGUUUACAAGAUUAGAUGAUUAUAAAGGCCAAUUACCGGGUAUCCAUUGGAAUUCGUGGAAACCAAAUCAACCAUUGAAAUCUGUUCAGAUGAAGAUCAGGCCAAAAUCUAGAAAUAAAAACAAAAACAAGACUUGAAAUUCAUCAUUUCAACAAUUUAAAUCAUCUGAUUAUUUGUAAUCCUUUUACUUUUCCCUUUUCUUGUAUUGUCCAAUUGAAAAUGUAAAUAUUAUUAUUUUGAUUCAACAGUUUGGCAUCAAUAUAAACGAAACAAUUAAUUCAA